GAGCUGUGUGAAUUUAUUUUUGAUAUUAAGUGAAACAGAAUGAAGAAAAGUAGCAAGCACGCUGGAAUGCGAGCUGGGUUCUUCACCCACAUGCUUUAAUCUUCUCAUUUAUCUUGUUCAGUUAGUUGUUUUCUUUGUGUUGUAUGAUUCUGCCAUAGUAAUCACUUCGGGUGAAUAGGGGAAGAAGUGACUGUCAUUGAGCUGGAAUUUACGUCUUAAUGCAUUUCUUGAUGGAUUGAACCAACUGAAUAAUAGGGAAAGUUGUUCUCUUGGUUUAAUAAUUCAUCCGAGUAUGCUCGCAGACUUGCAGCCCACAAGUCAUGGUUGCUGAAUAUGGUAUGGAAUUGGAUAUAAAGUUGUGGCAUUAACUCUACAUAACUGUUCAUGUGGAAAUGUGGGAUAAAUUGGAAAAGUUUCAUUAAACAAUAUCAUUCUGUGGAGUUUGCGAUUUUACUCAAGCUUUUGUUCACUAACUAGCAAAAGUCAUGGUUUUCUACAAAUGAAUGUGGAAUGAAUCCUAAUAAGAUAUCUUCACUACUAACUUGGAAGUAAAGACCUGGAAAAAAAAAACUCUUCACUGCCUUAUGGGAAUGUGCAUCACCUAUUACUAAGGACACUGUUAGUUUUUUCCUCUGAUUCAUGCAGUGAUGCUUUCCUGGUUCAGUUUUCCAGGAUUCACUGUUGCUCAUUGUGAUGCUGGUGCAACUUAUGGAUCGAUUGAUAGUCCUGAUCUUGCCAAUGAUCUUAAUGAGAAGAUACAUGACUCGAUUCAUGAUCUCCAAUUACCGAUAAAAGAAUACCCGUUGGAGCUGAAGCCGCUUUUGUAUGCAUUUGGCUUUAAGCAUUUGAGUAUGACGACUAUUAGGGCCUUUUUAUUAUACUAUUUACCACUUCUGGAGCCUCGUCCGCCCACUGAUGACGAUGACGAUGACGAUCUGCUUCAAGAUGAUUCAGAGAGGCCGCCGGUUGACCUGGUUACUCCCUUCCAUAAUUCAUUGAAGCAAAUCGCUCGCGAGAUUUCUGUUGUAACAACAAGAAGAGUAUUCGAAAGGAUUGCGGUUCGUCAUGUUUCACAAAGAACAGCAUGGAAGCUUCUCAAAGAUGCUGCAAAAUCAUCAAAGAGGAAAGCUCUGAGGGGGAUGUCAAUUCCAGAAUACACAUACUGUGUUGCCAGAACAACUUUCCGAGCGCAUGCAUUGGGAGUAGCUGCUACUUGGGUUGUACAAUCUGUCGUCCAGGUCUACAAAUGUUUUAUUCGUCAACCUGAUAAUGAUGACGAAUUGUUCGACGAGAAGGAAAAACUCAGAUUGUUUGCGAGAAGGAUCUAUAGUGUAACCAUCAAAUGUGGUUUCUCUUUGGUUUUUGCCUCGAUUGGAGCAGGCCUCGGCGUCCUUCUGCAUCCAGUGCAUGGACAAUGGAUUGGUUGUAUCCUUGGAGAUUUUGCAGGACCAGUUGUUGCUAUCCUUAUUUUCGAGAAGUUACAGUUCCCGCUAGAAGGUUAAAGACCACCAUCUCCUGCUACAAAGUUAAGAAACCCAGGUCAUCCAACCUUGUUUCUAGCCUGCCUGGUUUUCGAAGAACAUGAAGUGGAGCUCCUUGGCCUUGAGUCUACCCUUUCAGGAUAUUCAUUGGCCUAACUUGGAGCUCAAAGUUGAUGAAUAACUAUGCAUGCAUGGUUAAUAGCUUUUCGUGGCACAAUGCCUUUGGGUAUUGUGUAAUGCUUACUUUUGGCACAUUUAAUAACUAGCUACUGUACUUCGUUGCCGUGCUUCACAUUUUGAACUCAAAGGAACAUUUCUGUCCACUGGUUUGCUAAAUUUCUACAGUAAGUACUUCGCUGCCCUUGUUGUGAACUGAAUCUGGUAUAUCUAAGGCCCUCUUUGUUUGAGCCACAUAUUCCUGAGAA